AUCCGAGCCUGGGAGCGCGCUUUUCAGAGACGCUCUGUGUGGGUUCUCCCAGUCCAGGAUAAAACUGUUUGUCUGCGUUUUGGGGAACACCGUCGGGAACUUAUUUUAUCACCCAUCCAACUGUAGGCUACUAGCCGCAGAGCCACAUGAUUAUAAUCACCAUCUCUCUCUCCCCGUGGAUGUUUUUUUUACUGAAUUGCUCGAGAUUACCACGGAUUGAGGAUUAUUUCUGUUAGGGUCCUAUGCUGUGGGGCUAGCAUGAGACAGAGCCCAGCACCGAUCCAGCGCUCCAUGGACAUACCCUUCCCCAGUGCCCGGGAGGCCAGUCAUCUUCUGUAAAUGAGGUGGCCAUGGAGAGAAGAAGCGGCUGUGGAGUACAUCAGAUCUGCUUUCUGUUUCUCUUACUGUUUUCACUGUAUCCUGUCUGCUGUCGAGCCAGUUGGAUGUGGUUGGGAAUAACCUCCGUGGGAGUACCAGAGAAGCUGGGCUGCGCCAAUCUCCCGCUGACGCACAAGCAGAAGGACCUGUGCAAGAGAAAGCCCCAUCUCCUGCCAAGCAUCAAGGACGGCGCGCGCAUCGGCAUCGCGGAGUGCCAGACGCAGUUCGAGCACGAGCGUUGGAACUGUUCUACAGCCAAAGAGCUCUCUGUGUUCGGCUACGAGCUAACCAGUGGGACCAAGGAGACGGCGUUUAUCCACGCGGUGAUGGCGGCUGGGCUGGUCCAGGCAGUGACGCGCUCCUGCAGUGCGGGCAAUAUGACAGAGUGCGGCUGUGACACCAGCCUGCAGGGCACAGGCUCGCCCAGCGAAGGGUGGCACUGGGGCGGCUGCUCAGACCAUAUCCAGUACGGUACAUGGUUCAGCAGGAAGUUCAUAGAUAAUUCAGUGAAGAAUAUGUCCUCAGCCAGGGGAGGGGAUGCACUGCUCACCAUGAACCAGCACAACAGUGAAGCCGGGAGACAGGCUGUCGCCAAGACGAUGGCCACCGACUGCCGUUGCCACGGCGUGUCGGGCUCGUGUGCCGUCAAGACGUGCUGGCGCACCAUGGCAUCGUUCGAGCGCGUGGGCAACUUCCUGAAGGAGCGCUAUGAGGGAAGCGUUCAGGUGCUGGACCGUUCCAAGAGGAAGGUGAGGAGGAAGGAGAAGGACCAGCGUCACGUGCCCAUCGGGAAGGAAGAACUUAUCUUCCUCAACAAGUCUCCUAACUACUGUCUGGAGGACCGGCGCUGGGGCGUGGCGGGCACUAGAGGGCGCCGGUGUAACCGCACCUCGGCCGGCCCCGACGGGUGUAACCUGCUCUGCUGCGGUCGAGGGUAUAAUACACACGUGGUUCGCCACGUAGAGAGGUGCGAGUGUAAGUUUGUGUGGUGUUGCUAUGUGAGGUGUCAGAAGUGUGAGAGCAUGAAUGACAUGCACACGUGUAAAUAGGGAGGGGGAGGCAGGUGAUGGCACACACAAACACACUCACACUGUCCCCAAUGAGAGACUAAAAGACUCCCCCCACCAUUCCUCUCUCCCAUGGACAGGGAAGACGGUAUUUAUACACCACACCAUCAGAGGUGGACAAAGACAGUGGAAAAUAGUUGACUUUGAUUGGCCUAUCAGGGCCCAGCCUUGUAGGAGGCAAUCCAAUGGGACAGGAGUUCCACAGUGUUUCAGAGGCUUGAGGAUCCACACACUCUGACUACCAAACAUGGCCAUCUUCAUGAUUUACUCAAGAGUAGAAAUGAGCCACAAAACUCAAUGAUAUAAACAAACCGAACUUUGAUGAAAGUUAAAACCUCACUCUUCAAGUCUUCAAAUGGACUCGGUGAAUGAUGUGUAAGAGGAGAACAAAGGGACCAAAAAGUGCCUGUAGGGGGGCGGCAACCCAGUCCUGCUAGGCCGCAACAGUGUCAUUACAUUUCCAGAACAGAACGAAGUCUCAUAUAGACAACUGCAGGCUAGAGCUAUAGGCAGUACAGGGAUUGGGAAACCGUCAGAGGUUGCCAACUUUUGUGUCAUUUCUGGGGCUCUCUUACAGGCUAGGGAGUAAGGACAGACCCAUGGCUUUAUGGUGAUUGAUGGUGGAUAGGUUAGACUUAUUCUUGUUGGAAAGCUUGCAGUAUCAAUGCAUAGAAAUAAGUCUUGAAAUAAUCAUUCAAAUGCUUUGUAUUUUUGGAAUAAACUGCUGAUGACUUCAAAAAUAGAUGGUACCAUGACAUUUUUAUUUGAGAUAUUUUGGAAAGGUUUCUUGAAAUCUACAAUAUUAGUUUUUUUUACUAUUCAGAUUGCACAAGUCAGGGCAGGGUAAAGCGCCGGGGGCUUUGACUGAGAAUAUGUCAGAUGACGUAAUAUGUUUUGUAAAUGGUUUACAUUUUGUAAAUAUUAAAGGAUGCUGCGUCACACGAUGAGUGUCUUAAGAUUCAAGCCCAUCCAAUGCUCUCAGACAUACAGCAUGUGUUUGUCAAGCUGUACCACUUAAUGUGUUGCUUUUCUGUUUGCCAUCAUUGUAUUACCAAGGUCCUUUGUUAUCCUUUUGCUGUCCGAUCAACUUUUUCUCUAUCCCGUGUUUGUGUUUGGAUCCGAAACCAGCUAUAAAUGAAGGAAUGCCUCAAUGGAACGGAGCAGUUUGUUCUCAGUAGACCCACUGGCAGCAGGACCGUGGAGAUGCUUGAGUUGGUUUCGGAGCAUUCCUCUUGCUGUCUCUAAGAAUUUAAGCCUAUUCCGUCUCUUCCUCUCUCUCCUUUCGUUUCCCCUCUCAGUCUCUUCCCAGUUUCAGUCUCUCUAUUCCUUUACCUCUGUCUACCUCUCUCUCUCUCGCUUUCAUUCUCCCUCUCUUGUUCUCUCUCUCUCUCUCCUGACUGAGAGGCUGUGCUAUGUGAGAAGUGACGAUGCUAUGCUAAAUACCGCGAGUGCUUUCUCUUAAAGAGCCUUUAAAAGUCUAACGAUACUGACCCUUAAAUUUCCCUGAAGCGUCCAGCACUAUGACUUGUUGGUGAGAGGAGAGGGGGGGAAACCCAGACCUAAAGGAAGUGGGACGAGAUGGAGGAGAGCAGUUGACGUGAGCCCGAAGCGCUCUGACCUCGAGGCUUUUCAGUCAUGUUUUUGUUUUGAGGACUGCUUUCAGGAAUCAGGUGCUCCAGUUACAAAAUAAAUGGAGGAUUACGUCUUACAACUCGCUGUCCUUUUUCAGUUAAAUUAGUCCAUAAAGUGA